UAUAAUCGGCAAUGUAUCAUAGGUCAAACUUAAGAGAUAACGUUUCACAGUUCUCUAUGUGCAGUCAGCGACGCGUUCUCAAACGAAAUACGGGGACUUACCACCAUUCCUGUGUCAAUCGUGUUGUCAAAUCCAAACUGGCGACGCGUGAUCGCCUAAGUUUGUAUCGUCGAAGAAAAUUUCAAGCGACGGCCAACAAUGGCGCCAAGCAACAAAGUACAGAUUAAUUCGGAUCUAUUGCAGUUUGAAUCUAUAACAAAACUAUCGAAUCUGCCAAUCGUCGAAAGUAGCAUACACAUCGCUGGACAUGUUUACAAAAGGAUAAAGAAUGCAAAUGUUUUGAUGAAUUGGAGUCUCGACGCAGCUGAAACAUCACUUGCCCUGGCAGCUGCUUCAGCUAAACCAGCGAUCUUUACUUUCAAUGGACCAAUCACUACGAUCGAUCAAUUGCUAUGUAAAGGAAUCGAUAUAGUUGAGCAGAGAGUACCAGCAGUACAUAUUCCUCCGCAAUAUAUGUACUGGUACACUCGAGAAUACGUAGCAAAUAAAAUUUUAAGACCAGUUCUGCUGCGUGCUGGUAGUAUGAAGCAAAUUGGGAGUCACGCUGCCAGUGUUGCAAUCGAUACAUUGGACAGUGCUCUAACUAUGGCAGAUCAAUACGUUGAUCAUUAUUUACCUGAUGAUUCAACUGAUAAGACAGUUGAUGAGGUUGAUGCAAAGGAAGCUGUUAGCAAAACGACUCGUACUAUUCAACACGGUGCAAGAUUUUCAAGAAAAUUACAAAGAAGAUUAACACGUCGUACGAUGGCUGAGGCACGAGCUCUCAAAGAACAAGGUACCGAAUGCAUUCACGUGUUUCUUUACGUAAUUGAAUUGAUCGCAAGGGACCCCAAAUUAGCGUUUCACAAAGCUAAAGAAUUAUGGGCCACAUUGAGCCUACCCGAACCCGAGAAUCAAGCGCGUCCCACAACUUUGGAACAAUUUUUCGUUUUAUUAACAAGAGAAGCAGCAAGACGCAUAGUUCAUCUCGUGAAUAGUGCAGCAUCCUUAGCUGCAAGAACGCCACGACGGGUUGGCAAACUCCUCAUCAGGAUUUCCCGACGUUUAUUGACGUUAACGGAUGCCACAUUGAAGGCGAUAUCGAUUAUCGGGACAAAAGAGACGACGCAGACGCAACAGAUGUCCAUGAUGCUUCGUUCGGUGGUACGGAAGCUCGGAACAAACACAAAUAGGUUGCUGGUGCGAACUGCUACCGGCACUACUUGCUUAUCCUCCGAGCAUGAAGGAUGCAACAACUUCAACAACGACGGUGUCAAAAAAGACAACGGGAACAGGAACAAGGACAGGAAUAGAAAAGCCAACAACAACAACAGCCACAGGAACAAUAGUGACAAAUACGACGUCAAAGUCGAACCGAGCACAAGAUCUUCAACGGAACCACAGCAACCACACGUCGAUGACUUCCAAUUCUCCGGUAAACGGUAUCGAGUAACCAAGCAGAACCUGGAAACUGUCUCGAGCGGGUUUCUUUCCCCCUCAGGGAACGAAAAGCUUCUCGAUUACGCGCCAAGGUCAACGGCACAUAGAAAUGUUAUUACUACUACUACUACUUCAUCAUCAUCAACGUCAUCUUCAUCAUCAUCAUCAUUGUCAUGUUCUUCUACUUCUUCACGUAAACGUGUAACCAGCAAACGUUCUUUUUUCCAUCGUGUUCUUGAACUUCCUAUGAUCGGAAUGGCUUUUAAUAAAUCGGUAGAAACUUAUAAUAAAUUAAAAGACUCUCAUUGGCUAGUACAUUGGGCUCUGACCACAGCCGAGAGUUCUUUCGAGAGUGCAACCAGGCAAGCUGUACCCAUAGCCGCCCCCCUAGCUAAGAAAUUCGAGAAUCCUAUUCAUUUUGUCGACCACACGCUCUGCCUCGGUCUCAACAAAAUCGAAGAAAGAGUCCCAUUGGUGAAGGAGAAACCCGAGCAGAUUUUAGCUAAUGCUUACGAUAUAGCCGUAAAAAAAGUUCAACCGGCAGUUUCUACGAUCUAUCACGUGAACGGCGCUUUAUUAGAGCAGGCUACGAAUCUGAGAGAUAUCAGCUGGAACAAAGCUAAUCAAAUCUUAGAUACUCAAUAUGGUAUUGAAGCUGUUAAAAAAUUAGAUAAUACCGCUAUAAUCGUGGACAAAUUGAUAGACGUAUAUUUCCCUGCCAUUGGAAAGGAAGAUGAAACGGAAGAGAAAAAAUCCAAAAUGUCGGAAACUAAACAAGAAAACAGUUCAGGUCCACAAUUGGAGGUAUUAAAUCGAAUGAAAAAAAUUCCCAUGGUUCAUACGGCUAUAGAGAAAACAGAAUCGACGUAUACUUACCUAAAAGAUUCGAAUCAACUGGUAAACUGGGCUAUGAAAUACGUGGAAGCUGGAUUUAAUUAUGCUACUGCAACAGCGGUACCGAUCGCAGCGCCAUUAGCAAAGAAAUUUGAAGGACAAAUAAAUGCCGUUGAUCAAAAACUAUGCGAAGGACUCGACAUUGUUGAAAAAAAAGUUCCAAUUGUCAAGCAACCACCGCAAAAGAUUUAUGACGCUGCUAAAGCUGUAAUGAGUAGUCCUAUUCAUCCGACGAUAGAAAAACUUCAUUCUUUAAAGACAUCGGCAACUCUACAUGCUUCAGCGUUAAAAGAAAUAAGUAUAACAAAAACUAACGAAUUGCUGAAUACUCAGUUUGGUAGCAUGGCUGUCCAAGGUGUAGAUAACACAAGCGUUCUUAUCGACCGUUUGUUGGAUCAUUAUUUCCCAGCUGUCGAUGGAGAAGAAUCGACACCGAAUCCAGUUUCUGCUGAGGAGAACAAAAUCUUGCAUAUCGUUCAAAGAGUCGGACAUUUGUCUACGAAAACAGCCAAUCGCGUUUAUCAUUCUGUUGUAGCACAAUUGAAAACUAUUACAGAGGAAGACGUAAAAAAUUAUACUUCCAGCGUUUUGUCGAUUCUUCACUUAACACAAUUCCUAUCUUCUGGACAAGAGCAAACGGAAGAAAAAACGAAUUCAGCACCUACACAAGAGAAAAAAUGAACGCUCUCUCUGUUAACGCGAUUAUAAUUGUUAUUAUUUAACAAUAAGAUAUAAAAUCGAAUAUUUUUUAGAAUUAUCGCUAUUUAUUUAUAUAUGUACUAUGUUUCAAUGCACAAUGUUUAAUUAUGUAUACAUAUGCACAAUUAAUCAAAGAUCAAAUUUU